GCACUUGCAAGUUGCAACGCCAUUUAAUCCGUCACCGCAUCGCCGGAGCUCCUUGAAAACCCUAGCAAGUUCAGCGUCGCUUCGCCGCCGCUUCUUGUAGCUGGCGAUCCCAUGGAUCCAAGGAGGCCCAGCCGCACCGUCAGCGAUCCCAAAGUCCGCCAGGUCGGCUUCGUCACCCCCGCUGCAACAACGCCGCCACCACGCUCCGUCUCCGACGCCCUUGUCUCCUCCUCCUCCGCGGCCGCUGCGUCCUCUCCUCCCACCGGGACGUCUCUCUCCCCCGUCAUGAUCCCUCCGCCCCGCCAUGGCGCCUCGGACGGCCUCCCCGCUCGCGGCACCGUCCCUCUUGCCGUCCCCAAUUCCGGCUCGUUGCUCCGCCGAGAUAACCUUCAGAUUCUGGUAGGUGCCCACGACCACAACGAGACGGAAGUUGUUCUUGGGACGCCCCCAAUGACGUCGCCUUCCAGCAGGAUCCACGACGGAGUCUCGGAGUUCUCUGACAAUGCUUCUAUGUCUCCGUGGUAUGGUAGGAGCGAUCCGGACAAGCUUGCUUCGUCCUUAGCAGGGAGAAACAGUGAAUUAAUGAUGUCGAAGUCUGUCGGUGCUGGUGGUGGGAGUGGCGGUGGUCAUACUCCUAAGAGCCCUCUGACGACUGCAUCGGUUGUGAAGACACUCCCUGGCAUUUCAGAGAAACAAGGAGGAGCAUUGGGGAUACAAAAUGAUUUGGCAGAGGCACCAAUGCCACUAAAGGAGAAAACAACAAAAGCCGAGCGGCGUGCUCUCCAGGAGGCCCAACGUGCUGCAAAAGCUGCUGCAAAGGAGGCUGGAGGUGGAGUUCCUGCUAACACACAGCAAGCUAAAUCAGUUAAACCUUCACAAAAGAAGGAUGCCCCUCAAGUUACAGCUCCAUCUGUAUCUUCCGAAAAGAAGAUUGUCGAUCGCCCCAUUGAAAAAGAUCGCAAGAAAGAUGUUCCUCCUCCACGUAUGCAAUUUGAUGAUAAAAAUAAGGUUGAGAAAGUGAAGCGGCGAGCAAUGGUUAACCAAUUUGAAACAAAAAAUAGAGUUGAAUUGUUCCGACAUCUGCCUCAAUACAUACAUGGAACUCAGCUUCCAGAUCUUGAAGCAAAGUUUUUUCAACUUGAUGCAGUCCAUCCUUCUGUUUACAAGGUUGGACUCCAUUACUUGUCUGGAAAGAUAUCUGGUGGCAAUGCUCGUUGUAUUGCGAUGCUUCUAGCAUUUAAAGAGGCAAUUAAUGACUACUCUACACCUCCUGAAAAAGCUUUUGGCCGAGAUCUGACCACAAAAAUUAGUAGUUAUAUCUCAUUUCUGAUUGAAUGUAGACCUCUUUCAAUUAGCAUGGGAAAUGCUAUCAAGUUUCUAAAGCAUAGGAUUGCUAAAUUACCACUUGCUAUGUCAGAAUCAGACGCUAAAUCGAGUCUCCAAUCUGAUAUUGAUCGUUUCAUAAAUGAGAAAAUAGAAAUUGCUGAUAAGGUUAUAGUUAGGCAUGCUGUUGCCAAGAUCAGAGAUGGGGAUGUUCUUCUAACAUAUGGACUAUCCUCUGUUGUUGAAAUGAUAUUAGUAUAUGCCCAUGAGCUUGGUAAAGAUUUCCGUGUUGUGAUAGUUGAUUCACGUCCCAAACUUGAAGGGCAGGUAUUGCUCCGAAGACUGAUAGCCAAGGGACUUAACUGCACAUAUACGCAUAUAAAUGCAAUUUCAUACAUCAUGCAUGAAGUCAAGCGGGUUUUUCUAGGAGCUGCAUCAGUACUCUCUAAUGGAACAGUUUACUCAAGAGUGGGGACAGCAUGCGUAGCUAUGGUUGCAAAGGCAUUCAAUGUUCCUGUUUUAGUAUGUUGUGAGGCAUAUAAAUUUCAUGAAAGAGUGCAGCUAGAUUCUAUAUGUUUCAAUGAGCUAGGUGAUCCAGAUGUAUUUUUGAAAGUUCCUGGUCAUGUUGCAUCAAAUUACCUGGAAGGUUGUGUUGACAAUGACAAUCUGCAGCUUCUAAAUCUCAACUACGAUGCCACACCUUCUGAUUAUGUGUCAAUGAUUAUCACUGAUUAUGGAAUGCUCCCUCCUACCAGUGUGCCAGUUAUCGUGAGAGAAUAUGGCCCUGAUAACUUGUGGAUAUAAAAGUUAUUUUCUCCAACUGGCCUCACUAUGGGAUAAUUUGCAAUAUGAUGUUUUUAGUCUCAUUUUGUUGUUAAUGAGUUAAAUUACUUGACAUACUCAUGUAAGUUCAUAUAACAUUUCUCAUGUUUCCUUUCUACUUAAUAUGAUGGCAACUAUUUCUUGCCUUUGCUUGUUUCAAA